UUGCUCAGUAUUCAUUGGAUUUCGUGUACCUGAGUAUAGCAAUACUAUUUUCUUCUUGGACAGAGGUGGCUUGUUGGAUGCAUACAGGAGAAAGGCAAGCGGCGAAGAUGAGAAUGGCGUAUUUAAGGUCAAUGCUGAGUCAAGAUAUAAGUCUUUUUGACACAGAGGCUUCAACUGGAGAGGUCAUUUCUGCUAUAACCAGUGACAUUAUUGUCGUUCAAGAUGCAUUAUCAGAGAAGGUAGGGAAUUUCAUCCACUACAUUAGCAGAUUCAUAUCGGGAUUUAUUAUCGGAUUCGCGCGAGUAUGGCAGAUCAGUUUAGUGACACUCUCCAUUGUGCCCUUAAUUGCCCUUGCUGGCGGUCUCUACGCUUACGUCACAGUUGGGCUAAUUGCCAAAGUUCGAAAAUCCUACGUGAGAGCUGGUGAAAUCGCUGAAGAAGUGAUAGGCAAUGUUAGAACAGUACAGGCAUUUGCAGGAGAAGAAAGAGCUGUAAGAUCAUACAAAACGGCCCUAAUGAACACCUACAAGAACGGUCGAAAAACGGGAUUAGCAAAGGGUUUAGGACUUGGCUCCAUGCACUGUGUUCUUUUUCUUUCAUGGUCCCUGCUUGUUUGGUUCACUAGCAUCGUUGUUCACAAGAAUAUCGCCAAUGGUGGAGAGUCUUUCACUACCAUGCUCAACGUUGUUAUCGCUGGCCUGUCACUUGGACAGGCAGCGCCAGAUAUCACCGCAUUUGUACGAGCAAAGGCAGCUGCUUAUCCCAUUUUUCAGAUGAUAGAGAGGGACACAGUGAGCAAAAUCAGUUCAAAAACUGGUUAUAAAUUAAGCAAAGUAGAGGGUCACAUUCAAUUCAAAGGCGUUUGUUUCAGUUACCCAUCUCGCCCUGAAGUAGUUAUCUUCAACAACCUCAAUAUUGACAUUCCUUCAGGGAAAGUUGUGGCCCUUGUUGGGGGAAGUGGUUCUGGAAAGAGCACCAUUAUAUCGCUGAUUGAGCGCUUCUACGAACCCUUUUCUGGACAGAUCUUACUGGACAGGAAUAACAUUGCGGAACUUGAUCUCAAAUGGCUAAGGCAGCAAAUCGGGUUGGUUAAUCAAGAACCUGCCCUUUUUGCUACAAGCAUCAGGGAGAACAUACUGUAUGGAAAAGAUGAUGCCACUCUUGAAGAACUUCAACGAGCUGUGAAGCUUUCAGAUGCCCAGUCUUUCAUUAACAAUCUUCCUGAUAGAUUAGAAACUCAGGUUGGUGAGAGAGGGAUACAACUAUCAGGUGGACAAAAGCAAAGGAUUGCUAUAUCUCGUGCUUUAGUGAAGAAUCCAUCAAUCCUUUUAUUAGAUGAAGCAACCAGUGCUCUGGAUGCAGAGUCUGAGAAGAGCGUACAGGAGGCUCUUGAUCGUGUCAUGGUAGGUCGGACAACUGUAAUAGUAGCACACAGACUUUCCACAAUCAGAAACGCAGACGUGAUUGCCGUUGUUCAAGGAGGGAAGAUUGUUGAAACUGGCAGCCAUGAUGAGCUCAUUGCCAAUGCGAAUAGUGCAUAUGCAUCUCUUGUUCAACUCCAAGAGGCAGCUUCUUUGCAAAGACACCCUUCGGUAGGUCCUAGCUUGGGGCGGCCGUCAAGCAUAAGGUACUCAAGAGAAUUAUCCCGUACAACGACAAGCUUAGGUGGUAGUUUUCGAUCAGAUAAAGAAUCUAUUGGUCGUGUCGAUGCUGAUGAAGUGGAUAGUAUGGGCAAGACAAGGCAUGUUUCUGCAAAAAGAUUAUACUCCAUGAUAGGGCCUGAUUGGUACUAUGGGGUUAUAGGGACUUUCUGUGCAUUUAUUGCUGGAGCACAGAUGCCUCUUUUUGCUCUAGGAAUAUCUCAUGCUCUGGUAUCAUAUUACAUGGACUGGGAUACUACCUGUCGUGAGGUCAAGAAAAUUGCUUUCCUCUUUUGUGGGGCAGCAGUUGUAACCGUCAUUGUCCAUGCAAUUGAACACCUUUGUUUUGGAAUCAUGGGUGAGCGACUUACUCUUCGUGUCCGAGAAGCUCUGUUUUCUGCUAUCUUGAAGAAUGAAAUUGGCUGGUUCGAUGAUGCGGACAACACUAGUUCUAUGCUUUCAUCACGUCUAGAGACUGAUGCAACUUUGUUACGAACUAUAGUUGUUGAUCGGUCUACAAUUCUCUUACAGAAUGUUGGUCUAGUCGUUGCUUCAUUUAUUAUUGCCUUCUUGUUGAACUGGAGACUAACGCUUGUUGUCUUGGCCACAUAUCCUUUGGUCAUUAGUGGUCACAUUAGUGAGAAACUUUUCUUUCAAGGAUACGGUGGCAACUUGAGCAAAGCAUAUCUGAAGGCCAACAUGCUGGCUGGGGAGGCUGUGAGUAACAUACGCACUGUUGCUGCAUUUUGUUCUGAAGAUAAAGUCCUUGAACUUUAUGCUAAUGAGCUUGUUGAUCCUUCCAAGCGUUCAUUAAACCGGGGUCACAUUGCAGGCAUAUUCUAUGGCAUUUCCCAGUUCUUUAUUUUCUCAUCUUAUGGUCUUGCCUUGUGGUAUGGUUCCGUACUGAUGGAAAAGGAGCUUGCCAGCUUUAAAUCAAUAAUGAAGUCGUUUAUGGUUUUGAUAGUAACAGCACUGGCCAUGGGGGAGACUUUGGCUCUCGCUCCAGACCUUUUGAAGGGGAAUCAAAUGGUUGCAUCAGUUUUUCAUCUGAUGGAUAGAAAGUCAGGAGUAAUGAGUGAUACUGGAGAAGAUCUAAAGACGGUAGAGGGAACUAUUGAGCUUAAAAGUGUCAAUUUCAGCUACCCUUCGAGGCCAGAUGUGAUCGUUUUUAAGGAUUUUAACCUUAAAGUGCCUUCAGGCAGUAGUCAUGCCUUAGUGGGGCAAAGUGGUUCUGGUAAAAGUUCAGUUGUCUCCCUUAUACUCAGGUUCUAUGAUCCAACUUCUGGGAAGGUGAUGAUUGACGGGAAGGACAUCAAGAGAGUCAAUCUGAAAUCACUGAGGAGACACAUUGGUCUGGUGCAACAAGAACCAGCUCUGUUUGCAACAUCAAUAUAUGAAAACAUUCUAUAUGGAAAGGAAGGAGCCUCUGAAUCAGAAGUAAUUGCAGCAGCUCAACUCGCAAACGCUCACAGCUUCAUAAGCGGUCUUCCUGAGGGCUACUCCACCAAAGUGGGUGAGCGGGGAGUUCAGCUAUCUGGUGGCCAAAGGCAAAGGAUAGCCAUAGCCAGAGCUGUUCUGAAGAACCCAGAAAUCUUGCUUCUUGAUGAAGCCACAAGUGCACUGGACGUGGAAUCAGAGCGUGUCGUUCAGCAAGCACUAGACAGAUUGAUGCAGAACAGAACAACAUUGAUGGUGGCACAUAGACUGUCCACAAUAAGAAAUGCAGAUCAAAUCUCAGUUUUGCAGGAUGGGAAGAUAGUGGAGCAAGGGUCUCACUCAAGUCUUAUAGAAAACAAAAACGGAGCAUACUUUAAAUUAGUCAACCUUCAACAGCAACAGAAUCAAAAAUAAGAACGUAAGACAUCACAGAACAUAAACAGUCCAUGAAUUUUACACAGUUUUGCAUUUAUAUAUUUUAUUAUUUUACCACAAUGAUAUGUGAAUUAUUGGGGAGCUCGUCUCUGCUAUAAAUAACAAUGUACAAGUAUCAAAUGUUGGUAAAUGAUGUUAAAAAGAA